AUGAAGCUACAGGGGUCUCUGGCCUGCCUCCUGCUGGUCCUGUGCCUGGGCAGUGGGGAGGCUGGCCCACUGCUGAGUGGAGGGGAGAGCGCUGGAGCAGGGGCCAUGGAGGCCACUGGACACGGGGUGGGAGAGGCCAUUGGACAAGAAGUGGGAGAGGCCAUCAAGCACGGAGUCGGGGAGGCCACUGGCGGAGGGGAUGGAGAGGCAGUGGGUUCUGGAGUCAAGGAGGCCACGGGCCCCGGGGUUGGGGACGAUCUCGCCCAUGGGGUUGAAGAUGCAGCCCAUGCUCUUGGAAACACUGGGAGUGAGGCUGACAGACAGGCUGAGAACGUCAUUCAGCAUGGAGUGGAUGCUGCCCACAGCUCCUGGCAGGGGACGCCUGGCGGCAACGGCGCUUUGGGAGCACAUGGCCAGCCUCCACCUGGAGGCCAUGGCACCUCUGGCUCUCCAGGCAACGCUGGAGGUCCAGGGAUUCCCUGGGACCAUGUGUAUUCUGGAGGCUCAGGUGGCAGCUUUGGGACCAACUCUCAGGGAGGCUCCCGGGGCCACGGAGGGGCAUUCAACGUGGGGACCAACACUCAGGCAGCUGUGGCCCAAACUCCUUAUGGCUCAGGGAGAGGCAGCGACAAGCCAAAUGCAGAGGGAAGCAGCAACGGUGGCAGCAUCAGUGGUGGCAGCAGCAACAGCAGCAGUGGUGGCAGCAGUGGUGGCAGUUCUGGGCUCCACUGGAACUCUCAGACGUCUCCUGGGCUCUUCAACUUUGACGCUUUCUGGAUGAAUUUAAAAUCCAUGCUGGGUUUCAUUAACUGGGACGCCAUCAGCAAGGGCCAAGUCUCAAAGCCCAGCACUCGCAUCCUCCUCUACUUCAGGAGACUCUGGGAGAACUUCAAACGCAACACUCCUUUCUUGAACUGGAAAGCAAUUCUUGAGCCUGGCACAGGAUGCCAAGACGUGGAAGCUGUAACUUCUAAGAACGACGAUUAUAACCAGCAGACACACCCUACUGCCAUUGGGGGGCAGCACUCAGCCAAGAUCCCCACUAAGGGAAGGCUUGCAACCGCCCUGACUCCCACUGCAUGGGGUCUGCCUGGGGGCGAGUGGGGAGUCACGAUUUCUUCCUCGGCUUCCCGGGUGCGACCUGACCUGCUGCAGUGGGUGAAGUUUUGGUAGAAAAUCACUUCCAACCGCGACCGAAGCCCUGAAAACCAUCAGUCAUCAAGGGACCUGACUGUGCCCCUCCCCCAGCUCUUGGUCUGGGUGCUAACACCUGCUUUUUCUAGGUUGGGGACCUGUCUGUCUGUCCCUUGUUUCCUCCCACCCACGGUGGUGUCUCCUUGACCAUCGACCUCAGUGGAUACGCCAGCCAUUGCUUCACCUGCUCCAUUUUGUGACCUGAAGUCACCGUGACAGAA